AGGUAAAUCAUGUCAAAAGUUUUGACAACUUACAUGCGUUUGUAUACAAAUUAACAUGUCAAAACAAACGUAUGUCGUAUUUCUGUAAAUGUGUAAUUUUGAAGGUAUAUAACACACAGUGCUACAAGUUGUGUAUAUUAACCUCUAGAUUUAAAUGACUGUGCAAGCUGUAACUUUUAUGAUGACUUCAUUCUCAAUGUAUCUGUUUUGUUUUUGUUUCAUCAACUUCUCGUUUACAUUAGCUGAAGGAAGAUAUAAGCGUCAAGCAAUAAACUUGACGGAACUUGAUAUAACCAGUGUCAGAAAUAUUGACAAGGAAGCCAGGAAACAGCUGAUGUUCCUGAUAGCAGAUCGUUUAAAUGAUACUGUUGUUACACAAUCUGAUUUGGCUGGAACCUGCCAAAGUAAACUUAACAGUACAAUAGAUGGAUGUACUACGUGUAAAGCAGAUAUAUGCGCUAAUGUAGAAAUUCCAUCUUUGUCUGAGGAAGUGUUUAAUAGAAUUUCAAAUGGCAACUACCGUCCGAUUACCUAUGCCGGGGAGGUUAUGAAGGAAAUUGCUCAAUGGGCAGUUGGAGCUAAAGACUUCUUGGGAGAUCGAAUGGGGCCGUUUCUUAAAAACAUAGGAGAAGAUCUGCUAGAAGUAGCUAAGGUGCUUGUAAAAGGUGGAAAAUAUAUAGCAACACCUGCAGUUAAUGCGUUCCAAACACUUGGAGGAACAAUUGCGAAUGCCGGAAGAGAGAUAAUUCAAUCUAUUAGUGGUGAUGUAAACAAUGUCAUAGGCGAUUUAAAGGGUUUAGUUGGAAAGCCUUUCGAAGACUUUGAAAAUGCAUUGAAAACAGUUCGUCAGACAGUAUCAGAAAAGGCACCUGUCGUUUUAAAUGCCAUCAAAGAUGCAGUUUUACCUGUCUGGGAAAAGACACUUGGAAAAUUGUUCAGGAGAAAACGUUGUGUAUCAUCUUGUCCGUCUUGUGACAAAUUGGAUAUUAAGAAAAACACAAUAAGUCAGAUCAUCGAUUCAGUUUGUGGUGCAGAUACAACAAAACAAAAGAAACAAGCAAUGACCGAAAUAACAUACCUCAAAGACCUGUACAAUAAAACAAAAGACAACGAACAGAUAACAAAGAUUGAGUAUGAUUUGUCUUCAAUUGCACUUGAUAGUCCAGAUAAAAUUUAUAUGGACUCAUUUUACACGAUCGGAGGAUUACAGAUGCAAUUGUUUGCCGGUGUCCUAAACAUUUCAUCACCUGAAGAGACAGGGAUGUCAAUAGCACAACAGUUUUUCGCUACCGAAAUAGCUGAUAGACAAUCACGCACGACAGUCUAGUGACUUGGGUGUGUUCAUAUAACCUGGACUAACCAUUUGUAUCAUUUUCUGUCAUACAGAUUUUUUUAGAAUAAAGUAUUGAUUUUUAUCAA